UUGGCACUCAGGUGAUUAUUUAGAUGCAGCGUAACACCUCUCACAACAGAAACACUACCAGACUGGUUCUUCAGGGAGGCACAGGGACCAGCCAGAUAAUAUAAGGUUUGGGAGAGAGGGAAUGCUGAAGAGAGAGACAGAGAGUGAGACAGACAGACAUAACUAGUGGAGGACAGACAAAAUAUGGUGAGAGAGAAAAGUGUGAGGCAGUGAAACAAAGCGGGAGAGUGAAAGAGAGAUUGACUGAAUGAGUGGGGCUUCAGAGCGAGAUUAGUGUGUGCGUGGGUAUGUGUGUCUAAGAGAGAGAGAGAGAGAGAGAAGGAGAGACCAUUCCCCAGAGGUUUGGUCUAGCUCCCAGUAAUAGAAGUUUAUUUGCACAGCAGGACCAGUAACAACCUGCUUUGUCAGAGUAACUUACUGUUCUGUAGUCUCAACAGCAGGUCACUGAAGACAGAAGGAAAAACACUAAGGUUGAUUUGGGACCUAGCGUGCCAGAAGGGAGUGUGAGGGGCUUGUUUAUGACAUAUCUUGUGUUGAAGAGAGGGUGUGUGAGAAACACUGCAGGUGUUAGAGAGAGAGAGUGUGUGUGUGUGUGUGUGUGUGUGUGUGUAAGAGAGUUCAAGAAUGACCAGGAGGUCAGUUAAUGGUGAGGGGACUGGGGUGAACAACACCCCCCAAAAUGGGGGACACCCAGGGGAUACCCCUGUCCCAAAAGAGGACCCUGACGCCCUGCACGGAAAGGUAGAGCUUAAGAAGAAGGUGACCCUACUUCGGGGAAUCUCCAUCAUCAUAGGGACCAUCAUCGGCGCGGGAAUCUUCAUCUCUCCCAAGGGAAUCUUGAAGAACUCUGGGAGUGUUGGAAUGUCUCUGGUGGUGUGGAUCGCCUGUGGAGUACUGUCUCUGUUUGGGGCCCUGUCCUAUGCAGAGCUGGGAACCAGCAUCAAGAAAUCUGGAGGACAUUAUACCUAUAUUCUGGAGGCCUUUGGACCACAAAUGGCCUUCAUACGUCUCUGGGCUGACAUCAUCGCCAUCAGACCUGCAGGGUUGGCAGUGAUAUCCCUGGCCUUCGGACAAUAUAUCCUGGAGCCUAUAUUCAUGCCGUGUGGAGUGCCAGAGAUUGCUAUCAAACUGGCCACCUCUAUAGGAAUAACGUCAGUGAUGUAUCUCAACAGUAUGAGUACGAGCUGGACAAACAGGAUUCAGAUCUUCCUCACCUUCUGCAAGCUUCUGGCUAUAGCCAUCAUCAUCGUACCUGGCCUCUAUAUGCUCUUCAAAGGCGAGACUAAGAACUUUGAGAAUGCGUUUGAGGUCAGUAAUAUCAAGCUCACAGGUCUUCCUCUGGCCUUCUACUCUGGGAUGUACGCCUAUUCUGGGUGGUUUUACCUUAACUUUGUGACUGAGGAAGUGGAGAAUCCAGAAAAGACUGUGCCAUUGGCCAUCUGUAUCUCCAUGGCGAUAGUCACUUCCGGCUACGUGCUGACCAAUGUGGCGUACUACACUGUGAUGUCAGCAGAGGAGCUGUUGGCCUCGCAAUCCGUCGCCGUGACAUUUGCAGAGAAGACGAUGGGGAACCUUUCGGUGGCAGUGCCGAUAUUUGUAGCCUUGUCGUGCUUCGGUACGAUGAACGGCUGCUUGUUCGCAUUCUCAAGAAUGUUUUAUGUGGCAUCACGAGAAGGCCAUCUCCCUGAGGUUCUGUCCAUGAUCCACGUCCGCAGACACACACCUUUGGCAGCCGUCAUCAUUCUGUAUCCUAUGACGGUGUUCCAGCUGUUUGUGGGAGAUAUCUACAGCCUGUUGAACUUCAUGAGCUUCCUCCGCUGGCUCUUCAUUGGUGUGGCUGUGCUGGGCCUCAUCUACAUGAGAUACACACGCCCUGACAUGCCACGUCCUUUCAAGGUUCCUCUUUUCAUUCCGGCCAUUUUCUCCUUCACCUGUUUCUUCAUGGUGUUCCUCUCUCUCUACUCCGACCCCGUCAACACAGGGAUAGGAUUCGCCAUCUCACUAACAGGAAUCCCAGCCUACUAUAUUUUCAUUGUGUUUGACCGCAGACCCAAGUGGCUACAGAAGGGUUUAGAUUCCUUUAACAGAUCUGUCCAGAUCCUCCUGGAGGUGAUCCCAGCAGAACACUGACACCAGACCAGAUCCCCACACCAGAUCCGUAUUUAUGAUCAUCCACACCACAGGAGAACGAGAUCGGGUUUAUGGUUUCCAGGUGUUUGAAGCCAUUCCAUUUGCUCUGUUCAGGCCAUAUUCUUUUGAGCUGUCCUCUCCUCAGCAGCCUCAUGUGCUCCACACCCAAGGACAUCACACCGAUGGCCUCUUCUAUUGUAUCAUUUCACAUUAUACAUUAUUAUGACUCUCCCAUCCUGCUGACCUUAUCCAGGCAGGCUUAGCCCUGCUCUGCUCUCACAUUUCACAUUACCAAUUCAAACGGCCUGAAUACUCUCUCUUCUCUCCUCACCCAAGUAUUUUAAAUGGAGUGGCCAGGCAGGCAGGGAGGUGAGGCUGUGUGCUUUGUGUGUGUCCCUGUGUGGGAUUUGUAGGUAAUCCAUCUCUGUAACCACUACCCUACGGCUCCAGUGUGCAGUGGGAGCCCAGCCUCUUAGAAAUGCAACAGCUUUUACUGUUGAUAAGAUGCCAGGGAGUCCUUGUAAGCUUGGAGUAUAACUAUCUUUGGCUACAAUUGCAGUUAUAUUUGUGUCAUUGUUACAGCUAGCAUUAGCCAUAAUUACAGCUAGUGUUAGUUACAUUCAGACCUAGCUUCAGUCAUUGUUACACCUAGCAUUAGCCACUGCUAGCAUUAGCAUUACACUGGAUACUCAGUUUUCGCCAGAUCAUUCAGGAUGUACACAGUAUGUACCGUAGGCAACCCAUAGUUAUUUCUAUAUUUUAGGAAAUGAAGACAGAUCAGUGAGUGUUAAUUGAUGUAUGUUCUAUAGUCUGAGUAAGACAAGCACUCCCUUCACAUAUGUAAGCAUCAUUAGAGCAGUAACGUGUGAUUCAUACUCAAUCUACAGAUGCCUGUGAAACAUGAUGUCCUUACACAAAUGACAACGAACAUAAACGGGAUACAGUUUUAUAUUUAACCAUUUUUUGAACACAUGUAUGUUUAGAAAUUAUGUCCUGCAUAACCUGAGAAAAACUCAUCUGAUUUAAUGGGAAAAUAAAAACAGAUUUUU